UUCAAUAGUGGCGGCCUGGUUCUUAUGCUGAGUUGUUGAUGUUGUUUAUAAGUGAUAGUGGAUGAUUUGUCUAGGGAUUUUAAGCUAUUGCCUUUAAUUGGUGUGUUUUACAGAAGUAAAAUUCUUACGGAUCUUUUUUAUGUGAGAGAUUUUGGGUGACAAAUUGUAAUAAAAUCUAUCUGGUGUUAUAUGCCUCCGACGGAAAAUUAAUGAACUUGGAAAUAGAAUACAAGGAAAAAACCUUAGAUUUCGACGAAAUGCUGCAUUGCAGCCUCUGAAUACAGAUCGCUGCACGUAGUUGGUACAAUGUUUUGUCUCUAAGUGAAAUCGUCAUAGUUCGGCACUUUGAUGCAACUCUCAAAAAUUCUGGAGAAAAUAGACUUUGAAGUUUUCCGCAUGUCUUUAAUACCCAAAGACUUUGUGAAAAAGGUUUAUGUAUCAUACUUUGGAUCUAAACUUGGUGAUCAAGAUAAAUCUUGGGCACCCGCAUAAGGUAUGUUAUGUGGGUGUUGAAGACCUGAGAAAAUGGUCCGCAAAGGAGGAAAAAACCUUUAGAUUUGCUGUUCCUAUGAUAGGAGGGAGCCAAGAAAUCAUUCCGAAGAUUGCUACUUUUGCAGUGUUGAUAUUACUGGUCAUAAUUCGAAAAACAAGAAGGGUUUGCCGCUGUUGUCUUCAGGGUCACUAACUUCCGUGGUUUGGCACAAUGAGUUACCGAGAAACAACAGAAGAUUUAGAAACAUUAGUGGGCAAAUUAACCACUCUGAUAACUGAUACAUUCAAAUGUUGCGUAAGGAACUAUGAAGCCUUACUGCCAUACCUUGGGAAAAAGGAAACAAAUUCUAAAACACGUCACAAAUUAGUACAAGUUAAUAUACUGUUAAACAAGUUAAAUGAAGACCUUGUAAGUCUAAGAGUUGAAUAUGCAGGUAACUCAUCAUAUGAACAAAAAGGGAAGUCUGUACUGUGUGAAGGAGGUAGGAAGAGAAGAAUGAAUGAUCUACUCGAGUUAGGUGGACAUGAGACCAAAAAUAUAAAAAUGAAAGUGCAAUUUACCAACAAUACAAAGCAUUCCAUUGCAUUAACUUCAGAGACUGGAAUCAGUAUGCAGUCGGAGGAUAUAGUAUUAACGGAUAGUGAAGAAACAAGUAAUACACAGAAUCAGAAAUCAGACAUACACAGGAAGAAAAACACAAAAAUGGAGAUACAAGAUUCAAAGGAAGUCAAAGAUACACAUGAAUUGCCUAUAACUAAUAGUCAGAUUCAUGCUGUUCAGAAAUCAUGUGACACUACAAAUAAUGAAAAGACAGUAUGUUUUGCUGAUGAUGAAGAAAGUGAAUCUGUGCCAGAUAGAGUUGUGAAGGGUAAUACAUAUGAUAAAUCUGCUGACAGUACUAUUCACACAGAAAGUAAUGAAGCAUGUGUUCCAUUACAAAAUGUGGAAAGUGAGAUUAGCAGUCAAGAGACAUGUGAAGAUAGUGACAUGGUUCUUAGUAAAGAUCCUAUAACAUGUGUACCUGUUCAGAGAGUAGAGAAAGUGUGUAAUGUAAGGCAUGAACUAUAUGGUAUCAAAAAGCACAAGAAAAAUAGUUUUAAGUGUACACUGUGCAUGUGUGUAGUUUCUAACACGAAAACACUGUAUAGUCAUGUGCAAGGAAAGAAGCACCAAAAGAAACUGGCUGGCAAGGCUUGUUGGAUCAGAAUUGCUGAAGUUCCAAAUAACACCAGUGAAAGUGCAGCAUCUGUUUCUGUGUGUUCUACAGUUGCCUGCUCACUCACUGAUACUGUUCCAAGUAAUAGCUGUGAAAGUAUAGUGUCUGAUUCUGUGUGUUCUGCUGUUUCCUGCUCACCUGCUGAAAUUGGUCCAAGUAGCAGCAGUGAAAGUACAGCAUCUGAUUCUGUGAGUCCUGUUUUCUGCUCUCUGGCUGAUAAUGUUGCUAUUGUAGAGGACAAAGACAAGGUAGCAUCAAUGAAACGUGCAGUUGUGUUAGAGCAUAUAUGGACUUAUUUUGAUCCACCAUUUCACUUUAACAAAAAAUUCAUUAGGUUUCAUUCGGGGCGAAUAAUCUGUUACCUUUGUUAUGAAGAGACAGGAAGGUACAUACUCGAUGUGAGGAAGCACAUUUCUAAAGUAAGUCAUCUGGAUAGGAUAAAUACAUUACGAAACAUGAAUUUGAAAAAUAAAUCCUCCAAUAUACUAAUGUUUGAUGUACCAGGCAGCCUAAAGAACAUUGUUCCUGCUACACAGUUUAGUUUGAGAAACUAUGGUUUCUUUUGUACUGUGUGCAACUGUUUCUGUGAAAAUACAGUUGUGUUAAAUCACAUGACAAGUGAAAGCCAUGGCAAAAAGCUAGAUGAAAUUCAAAAAUCGGUAUAGUAUGAGGAAAUUGAAACAGUGAAGGUAAUGUCUGUGGGACUAUAAUGUCAUUUUUGCUGUUAGUAUGUUAUUUCCGUCAGCAAAUAUUGGUAAAGUGUAUAACAUCAGUCUACUGAUACAAACUGAUUAUUGUAGUUUGAGGUUCUGUCAAAAAAGUAAAGAAAGGAUUACAUCAUACAAGGGUUUUAGAAAAGUGUUUUCAAGGAACUCGUUUUUAAGAAGGCACAUUGUUUUAAAUUAAGAUAAAAAUUUACAUUGUGAUAAGAGUGUGUGAAAAUAAAAACGUGAAAGUUAAUUAAAUGGAAAAUGCAAUUUACCAAGGAACAACUGGGUGGGAUAUAUUAAUUAAAGGUUUUGAAGCACAGUAAUUUGUCGACACCAAGUUCGAACUUGUUUUGAGAUGCCUGUCCAUUACAUUUUGGAUUCCUGUUCUAUGUUUUAUAUGACACUUGCCGUGCAUACAAGGCAUGUUCAGAGAGUAAGUAUGCUGUGACCAAAACAGGCUGUAGUUUUUUGGUUUUUGAGGGUUGGCAACAGUCAGUGGUAGAGGAUUCACCAACCAGUGCAAACAUCACACGACACGUAGUAUGUAAACUCAUAUUGUAGAGUCCAGUUGUGUGAAAGAUGUCAGUAAGAAACCCCGCCAAGUGCUGCAAAGUCUUUUGUGAAUCAAAACAUUUUAUGGUGAACGAGUUGUGAACAGAAUGAGUGUGUUUGAAUGGUGCAGGGAGCUUAGUAAAUGCAGGAAAAAUGUUCAUCAUGGACAGACGAGUUGAAGACCUUACAUUUUGACUGAUGAGUUGGUGCAAAAAAUCAAACUCUGUUUGUGAAGACUGAUGAUUGACUGUGGAUGAAAUUUCUUCAGUGUUUCCACAACUCUCCACACUCUUAGAAAUGCUGGGAUACUGCAAACUGUGUGCAAGUUGGGUCCAUAAACAGCUGACGUAGCAGCACAAGAAAAAUUAGGUCAGUAGCACCCAUGAGUUUAUUGAGUAUCUUGAAUUGGAAGAUGAGGAUUUUCUGAGCUCAUUUGUGACUGGAGAUGAAAUGUCACAGUGGUGUCACACCAAUUCCCAAUCUGCCAAAAAAUUUAAAACCACGUUUUCAGACAAAAAAAAGUGCAACGAUACUUUGAGACCCUAAAAAACACAAAAGGAGAAUUCAAAACAAAAAUAGGAGAAUGCUGACGAGAGGAGUGCCUGUCCACACACAGCCUCAGCCACAAAGCUGCUCUUGGACCUAUUAUUUGUUUGGGAUCUUACAAACCAUUCUCUCUCCCCUGUAUUCCCCUGGCGUGGUGCCUUCAGAUUAUCAUCUUUUCACCUCCUUGAAGGCUUACAAGAGUAAAAUUAAAUUUUCAACAAAUGAGCAGAUGCAGAAAUAGGUUAUGAAGUGGAGGAAGGAGAGUUCUAUGAUGAGGGCAUAAAGAAGCUUGUGCCACAGCUCACACAUGCACUGAACAAGAUGGUGAUUGUGUGGUAAACUAGCCUGCAAGUGUAUCAACAAUAUUCCAA